AGAGCGCUCAUUCCUUUGUGUUUUGUUUAAUCAGCACUUCCGUUAUUGGAGAAUUUCUUGGCAUUAUUUUUUGUUGUUAUUUUGUCGCAAUGACUGUGUAAGAAACGAUGAAGAUUGCUCCGGUAAUAACCGACUCAUCACCUUGGCCAGCCUCCAGCCAAUGCGGGAUAGAAAGGAGUGGCAGGGAUCCAGGGCAGGGAGGAGAGGCGCUGCACUGUGUCUUUAAGCUCUAGUGAAAUCCAUCAGAUGCAGUCGCAGCCUACCGGAUCAUUGUGUGUUUGUGCGGUCAUUACGGUGGAGGGACCGGCUCCGUGUGUUGUUGCGGUGGAUGGGAUCUGGUGUUGUUUUUAAGCUCACGAUGGUUAUUCCCGCACUUGAAACGUAUGGAGUAGAGUAAAAGGCUUGCAAACCGCCUAAUCAUGAGAUGCCACUGGGUUGUUUUUGCCUCACAUCUUAUUUUGCUGUCACUGACAGUGUGGUGCGAGCCAGUCAUCUCCCCCAGCGGGCCUCACGUAGUGGUUCCCAAGAGGGGGAAGCUGGAGCUGCGUUGCCAUGACAGUGCCACGACGUCUGGCACCCCGUCCAGGUUGAGGUGGCAGAGGGAGAGGGCUCGCAGGCUGGAGGGAGAGGUGGAGGACGGCGGAGUGGCUUAUGUCAAGGUGUCAGCAGCGCAGGCCUACCACAUGGGACGUUACGUGUGUGUCAACAACAACACACUGGAACACAGCUCCAUCUAUGUAUAUGUGAAAGACACCCAGAAUGCUUUCCAGCGCACCAUGGUGAACGUCAUCCUGGUGCGUGCAGGUGAGAACUGCACCAUCCCCUGUCUUGUGACCGACCCCGAGGUAAACCUCCUGGCAUUGGAGACCUGCGAUGGACGACCUUUGCCCUCUGGUAUGAGUUACCGCAGCAACCCCCAGCGAGGCGUCAUCAUCGGCAAUGUGAGGAAGGAAUAUGAGGGCUGUUAUGUAUGUGUGGGACUGCUUGGCGGAGUCAAAGUGACGUCGAGCCAAUACACUGUGGAUGUACGACUUGUGCCAGAGGUGCCUCCAGUGGUCUCAUUGUCUCAGAAAGACACCAUUAUCCUGAGGAAAGGAGAGCAGUUUGAGAUUACCUGCAGCUCCUCCAACGUCAACCCGGACUUCAGUCUCAAGUGGGAUUUCCCUUCAACAGCGAAUCCUGAUGAAUCCCACACCUCACACAUCCUGUCCGGUUCCCGUGGUUAUCGGCGUUCCACCUCACUCUUGAUCACAGCCGUUAACGAAACAGACUCGGGCUCUUACCGCUGCUACGCCCUCAACGAGAGAGGCACCGGUGCCACAGCGCUACUACUGGAUGUCCGUGAGCGGGGCUUCAUUACCAUUUUAGGAAGCCCAGGUCCUGUCCAGGCUGAUGUUAAAGAGGGGGACAGCCUGAGCCUCAGAGUAGAAUUUGUUGCCUAUCCUGCACCCAGCUCCCUGUCCUGGUCUUACAACAGCAAACAGCUCCUCAACACCACAGAGCACGUUAUCACUAUCCACCGCCGCAAAUACAGAUACAUCAGCGAGCUCAGACUAGUCAGGGUUCUCGGCUCAGAGGGCGGGAUCUAUAAGUUCUCAGCCAGUCAUGAAGAUGCAUCUGUCGAUCAUUCGUUCCAUGUGUACGUCAAUAGCAAGCCGGUUAUCAUUGCCCUGGAAGGGCCUGUUGAUGGACAGGUGCGGUGCAUUGCUGCUGGUUACCCAGUGCCUAAAAUCAGCUGGUACUUCUGUAAGCUGCCCCACACAAGGUGCUCACACCUGCCCAAUGCCACCCAGUGGGAGACUCCGGAGGUUGCCAUGGUGACAGAGUCGACCUUCGGUAGGAGUGAGGUGGAGAGCCGACUGAACGUGAGCAACAAGGAGCACGCGCACUAUCACACCCUGGAGUGUGUGGCGAGCACGGAGGGGGAAGAGGCCUACACACUGUUCUCCAUCAGCGAACGCGUUGUCCCCCAUAAACUCUUCACUCCUCUUCUAACUGGUAUGGUGGCCACUGGCGUGUUCCUCAGCCUCAUUCUAGUGGUGCUGCUCUAUAAAUACAUGCAGAAACCGAAGUUCCAAAUCCAGUGGAAGGUGAUAGAGAGUAUCCAUGGUAACAACUACAUAUAUAUUGACCCCACCCAGCUGCCAUAUGACUCCAAAUGGGAGUUUUCUCGACAGAAACUACGCUUCGGUAAAACCCUGGGCUCUGGGGCUUUUGGAAAGGUAGUGAGGGCCACAGCAUAUGGACUCUGCUCUGCAGAUACUGUUACGACUGUUGCUGUUAAGAUGCUCAAACCCAACGCUCAUUCUACGGAGAAGGAGGCACUGAUGUCAGAGCUGAAGGUUCUCAGUUACCUUGGAAACCACGUGAACAUCGUUAACCUGCUGGGAGCCUGCACUGUUGGAGGCCCAAUUUUGGUGAUCACAGAGUACUGUUGCUAUGGAGACCUCCUCAACUUCCUGCGCAGAAAAAGAGAGCCCUUCCUAAACUCCCAAGUUGGUGAUGGUUACUAUCGCAACGUCUCCAACCAGCCGGAGCCUACAAGCGGAGAGGUGACUGGUACAGGAUAUAUGCCCAUGCGCCCAUCUGAAAAAGAGAGGGCUUCUCAGUCAGAUGACAUAGAAGAUCUGUCUCUGGACGCCGAAGAUCUCCUCAGCUUUUCUUACCAGGUGGCCAAAGGAAUGGAGUACAUUACUUCCAAGAACUGUAUCCACAGGGAUCUUGCAGCCAGAAACAUUCUGCUGACUCACGGCAGGGUGGCGAAGAUCUGUGACUUUGGGUUGGCACGAGACAUCACAACUGAUGCCAGCUACGUGCUCCGGGGCAAUGCUCGUCUGCCAGUCAAGUGGAUGUCCCCCGAGAGUAUUUUUGACUGUGUUUACACCUUUGAGAGUGAUGUGUGGUCCUACGGCAUCCUGCUCUGGGAAAUCUUCUCUCUGGGUAACAGCCCAUACCCGGGGAUGCAGGUGGGUUCGGCAUUUUAUAGGAUGAUUCAAGAGGGCCACAGGAUGAGCAGGCCUGAGUUUGCUCCUAUCGAGAUGUACGACAUGAUGUUGUCUUGUUGGAACCAUGAUCCUUUGAAAAGGCCUUCCUUCAGGAAACUGGUGGAGAGGACUGAGCUCCUGCUGUCAGAGAAUACCAAGAACGUAAAUACCUCUCAGGGCCCCUUGUGGAGGUCCAGACCCCCAGGUGUACCUGAGACUGAGCAACCACCCAGGUCAUCCGGAUCAGCAGAGGGCGCCAUCACGGAGGCUGAGCUCAGUCUGCAGCACGACAGCCCCCACCCAGCCUUUACUGCAAAGCACGGCUGACGUCUUCCUGGACUAUGUCUGACACACACACACACACACACACACACACACACACACACACACACACACAGAUACUGUAUAUAUAUAUGACCCUGCACUGGGCUCUCAGUAUUGGCCUCUAUCUAGUCUCCCCAUUGGUGUAUUGAUCUCUGUGGUAGGCAUUUCAGGUGCACGUCUAUAUAAAGCAGACUCCAGCACUAACCGCCCAUCAGAUACAUCACCCAUCAGCAGCGGGAGGAGUUUUGGCUCACAUUCAGCCGUAGAUUACAAUUUAAGAUGCUUUGGGGAAAACAGAUACUGCAAGUACGAGUACAUACCUGACCGUAGACUAAGGAAUAGAUAGCAGAGUCGUUGCUGUGAUGAGUGGACUGUUUUUUUUUUUUUUUUUGUGUGUGUGUGUCAGAUUUGUCUCCAUUUUUAUAGGAAUCAUUUGACAUUUUGGGAAAAUACACUCAUGCCGCUUUCUUGCCGAGAGUUACAUUAAAAGAUUGAUACCACUGUGAUCUGUGGGUGAAAUAUGGAGGUAAAGCCAACAGCCGUUUUGCUUAGCUUAGCAUAAAGACUGGAAACGGGACAAACGGUGUCCAAAAGUGACAAAAUCCAUCUACCAGUUGAGUAGGGUUGCAGCAGUGUAGCAGAUACUAUGGUAUACAGUAGUAUGGAAAUAUACAGUUAUCAUACCGUGUACAUUUGCUUAUCUACCGUAUUGAACUCUACUGUAUUGUUUUUUUUGUUUUUUUUAUUAAUAACUGGGUAUCAUAUACUGUUAAUCAUACCAUGAAAAUCUCAUAAUGUUGCAACCCUAACUAAUUCACUAUUUAACACAUUCUAUCUCGUUAGUUUAAGUUAGUUUUUAAUGGUUUUGUAUAUGUGGGACCAUUUCUUGGCUGUGAGCAGUGACUUCACAGGAGUCACUGCACCCGGCCAGGAAAUGGUCUCGCACAACCCUCCGUAAAAACACAACAUAUCAUUUUAGCACAUCGGUUGUACAGAUUACACAAACAGUAUGUUAACUAGCGAGCUUUAGAGGGGCUGAAUGAAAGAUUUUAAUAUCUUGGGACAGAGCGAGAGCUACCAGUUUCCCACUGUUUCCAGUUUUCAUGCUAAGUUACGCUGACUAGCCGCUGGCUCUAGCAUUUUUUUAUUGUACAGAUUCAUAUUUACUGUACAGAUAUGAUAUGGGAAUCAUUCUUCUCGUCUAAUUCUCGGCAAGAAUGCAAAUAAGCUAGAAAAAUCUAAACUAUUACUUUAAAAAUCUUAAUUUACUGCAAGAGUAACUAGAUUAAAAAAUACUGAGACGUCGUCAGCAAAGACCUUCUGACUAAGAGACCUGAAGUCUCUUUGAUGAGUUUAACAAAUGAGCCAUAGCAAGGUGGCAUGCAAGCGAUAACUCCUAAUAAAAAAUAAAGCCAUAAGUUACAGAAACACUGAUUCCCACCUGUGCUUUGUAGCUUUGAAUACUGUGACUUGACUGACUGCUGUAUUGCUGUAUGUAUUUUAGGGUUAGCUUUAGUCUAGUCUCUUUAGCACAGCCACUGUGGCCAAGUGUUUAGGACCGAUUGUGUUCUCUUUUUACUUGAUUUAUGUCAAACAUGUAUGCAAUGUAAAUACAAUAGAGAUGUGCCUUUAGAUUUUUUUUCAAAAUACUGAAUGCAUUUGGUUGUGAUACAGUUAUUGUGGAGAGAGCAGACAGAAAAGAGCUUCUGAAUGCUGGUUUUGAGGAUUGUGUAGUUUUGAUACAGUUAGUUGACUUGUAAUAAUAAAGAAAGUACCUGUGAUGGUAAAACCGGA